AUGGCGGAAGGACGACCAGCAACCCAAGUACGAAAGCGCCAAUCUCUUGUGCUUUGCUUUGAUGGCACAGGAAACAAGUUUCAGGGCGGCCAAGCGGAUUCCAACAUCAUCAAAAUCUACGGACUCCUUGACCGGAAUGAUCCAACUCAAUACCACUAUUACCAGCCAGGCAUCGGCACUUAUGUCGAGACGUCCUCUCUAUCCCGCAAAAGUACAUACGGCCGCGUCAAGUCAUGGUACAGUAAGGCCAAAGACCAAGCCAUUGGUACUAGUUUCGGAGAGCAUGUAAUGGCUGGCUAUCGCUUCUUAAUGCGCUUCUACAAUGAUGGCGAUGCCAUUUACUUCUUUGGAUUCUCUCGGGGUGCUUACACCGCUCGCUUCCUUGCGCAAAUGCUCGAUUAUGUAGGUCUGCUCAGCGCCGGCAAUGAAGAGAUGAUGAGAUUUGCUUGGAAAACUUUCUCGAAAUGGCAAAUGAGAAGCGAAGACACUGCAGCAGAAAGAGCGAACAAGCAGAAGACUUUCGAAUUUAUGCAGAAUUUUCGCCAGACGUUCAGCAGACCCGUUGUUCGAAUCGAAUUUCUCGGGUUGUUCGAUUGUGUCAAUAGUGUACCGCAAUUCGAGUCGGCUUGGAUGACAAGAACACGAUUCCCGCAAACAUCGGCACGUGUCAUAAGACAUGCAGUCGCGAUAGAUGAGCGCCGCGCUAAGUUUCGCCAAGACCUCCUUUCCGAAAGACGCCAAACACAUCCGUCUCACCACCAUCAUAUGGAGCAAUGGCACCUCCAGAUCCCUGGGGAGAAGGGGAAGCUUACGAAGAAGCAAUCAAUCCAAAGGACAUUGUCUCAACCGCACUUCCGCGCGAAACAGCGCCGGCGUAUGGCCAUUGAUCUCGGGCCAGCUUCGUCAAGCGUUUCAGUAAAUUCGGGAGACGUCGUUCGACAUAAUCCUAGAGAUGACGAUAGUGAUGGCGGCGAAGAAGAUGAGCGCCAGGAUAUACUCGAGCUUUGGUUUGCUGGACAACACGGCGAUGUUGGAGGCGGUUGGACUUUAAAUGAGAAUGAAGAAAGACCAAUCAGUGACAUUGCACUGAGCUGGAUGGUUAGAGAAGCGCGCAAAGCGGGUAUGCCGUUCGAUGAGGAGAAAGUACAAGCAUCCAACUUGUUUGUGGAAGAUCCAGGACCGAGCGCAGACAUGCAGCCAAACGACAUUCCACAGCUGAAAGUGGAGGGAGAGUCGGUGCAUGAAUCAGAUUUGUCGCGAUGCAAAUUGCAAUUUACAACAUGGCACGAAGAAAUGCACAAACUAGCUGCCGAGGGCAGGGUUCAUGAUUCUCUCGCUUUCGGUGGUGGACUUAGCCGCCUGGCAGUGUGCGCUUGGCAGUUCAUGGAAUUCAUGCCCUUCCGAAGAAUGGAUCUUCAGAAAGACGGCAAGUCGACUUUCCGCUGCUCAUGGAAGGCGAUCUCGUGGCCACUGCCCCGUGGAGAGACCAGAGAUAUGUCUCACGAUUGCCAGAUCCAUUCCUCGGUGAUCAAACGAAUGGAAGCAGAUCCGAACUACAGACCUGGUAACCUCAUUGUCGGCGGAGGAGGCAGGGGCUGUAGGAAAGCUCCUGAUUCUUUUGGCAUGGUAUGUCUGGCUUGGCAUCAAAGUUCAUGUGUCUGA